AGCCUCAGCUCCAUCCCAGGCAAGGGCAGAGCCAGGGCAGCAGAGAGCUGGGGGCCCUGCUGUCUCCACACAGUGGAGGUACCAUGACCUCAAUGGUCAGGACACCAGACAUCGCCAGAAGCCCUGCAGCGCUGGCCGGGACAGCUCCCUGACACUCGGAGGGGAGCCCAGGCUGGGCAAGCCACACCUGUCACCUACAGUCAUGCACGCCUGCUGCUGCUCCAGGUCUCCCCCGUCCUCAGGCCCAAGAUGACACCCAACAGCACCAAGGAGGUGCCCAGCCCCGUUCCUGCAGGGGCCCUGGGGCUCUCCCUGGCCCUGGCAAGUCUCAUCGUCGCUGCCAACCUGCUCCUGGCCCUGGGCAUCGCCGGGGACCGCCGCCUGCGCAGCCCGCCCGCUGGCUGCUUCUUCCUAAGCCUGCUGCUGGCAGGGCUGCUCACCGGGCUGGCGCUGCCUGCGCUGCCCGCCCUGUGGAGCCAGAGCCGCCGGGGCUACUGGUCCUGCCUCUUCCUCUACUUGGCUCCCAACUUCUGCUUCCUCUCCCUGCUCGCCAACCUCCUGCUUGUGCACGGGGAGCGCUACAUGGCCGUGCUGCGGCCCCUGCGGCCCCGCGGGAGCAUGAGGCUGGCCCUGCUCCUCACCUGGGCUGCCCCCCUGCUCUUUGCCAGCCUGCCUGCCCUGGGCUGGAACCACUGGGCCCCUGGUGGCAACUGCAGCUCCAAGGCCGUCUUCCCAGCCCCCUACCUCUACCUCGAAAUCUAUGGGCUCCUGCUGCCAGCCGUGGGCGCGGCCGCCCUCCUCUCGGUCCGCGUGCUGCUCACCGCACACCGCCAGCUGCAGGACAUACGCCGGCUGGAGCGGGCCGUGUGCCGCGGGGCGCCCUCGGCCCUAGCCCGGGCCCUCACCUGGCGGCAGGCCAGGGCGCAGGCCGGGGCCACGUUGCUCUUUGGGCUGUGCUGGGGGCCCUACGUGGCCACCCUACUGCUCUCUGUCCUGGCCUUUGAGCAGCGCCCACCGCUGGGGCCUGGAACUCUGCUGUCCCUCAUCUCACUGGGCAGCGCCAGUGCGGCGGCUGUGCCCGUGGCCAUGGGGCUGGGUGAUCAGCGCUACACGGCCCCCUGGAGGGCGGCUGCCCAGAGGUGGCUCCAGAUGCUGCGGGGCAGACCCCAGGGCAGUCCUGGCCCCAGCACCGCCUACCAUACCAGCAGCCAAAGCAGCGUGGACCUCGACUUGAACUAGAGGGAGGGCCUCUGCUCAUUCCCACCAGAAGCAUCCAUCCAUCUUGGCUGCCAAGCCCGUCUCCACAUGUCCCCACGGCUCUGGAUCAUGGAUCAGAGAGUGUCCCUGUAUGACCCCACUCUGACUGAAUAAAGCUCCCCCGGCCCAGG